AUGGCAAACGGUCGCUCAUCGGAGGAUGAGCGUAAGCUCGAGGGUGGUGCUGCUCCUGCUCCCCCCAAGGAUGAUGGUCUUCACCCGGCCUUCUACAUUGCUCUCUGGAUUGCCCUGAGUUCCAGUGUUAUCUUGUUCAACAAGUGGGUUCUGGACCCUCGCAAGGCCAACUUCAACUUCCCUCUGUUCCUGACCACCUGGCACAUGGUGUUCGCGACUGCGAUGACCCAGAUUCUCGCUCGCUUCACCACGAUCCUUGAUUCGCGUCACAAGGUUCCCAUGAACCCGACCACCUACUCUCGUGCCAUUAUGCCCAUUGGUAUCAUGUUCAGUUUGAGUCUGAUCUGUGGUAACCUGGCAUACCUCUACCUGAGUGUUUCCUUCAUUCAGAUGCUCAAGGCCACCAACGCUGUUGUCACUCUUCUGGCCACCUGGGCUUUCGGAAUCGCUCCCACCAACAUGAAGGCUCUUGGCAACGUCAUGGUCAUCGUUCUCGGUGUUGUGAUUGCCUCCUUCGGUGAGAUCCAAUUCGAUGGACUUGGUUUCAUCAUCCAGAUUGCCGGUAUUAUCUUCGAGGCCCUCCGUCUCGUCAUGGUUCAGCGUCUGCUCAGCUCCGCCGAGUUCAAGAUGGACCCUCUGGUCUCUCUCUACUACUACGCCCCCGCCUGCGCUGUCACCAACGGCAUUGUCACCCUCUUCACCGAUCUUCCCCGCAUCACCAUGGGUGACAUCUACGGUCUCGGAAUCGGUACUCUCGUUGCCAACGCGCUCGUUGCCUUCCUUCUCAACGCCUCCGUCGUUCUGCUGAUCGGCAAGACCUCCGCCGUCGUCUUGACCAUGGCCGGUGUCCUCAAGGAUAUUCUCCUUGUCGCUGCCUCCAUGAUCAUUUUCCUCGACCCCGUCACUGGCCAGCAGUUCUUCGGUUACUCCAUCGCCCUGGCUGGUCUGGUGUACUACAAGCUCGGUGCUGAGAAGUGCAACGGCAUGAUCUCCGACGUGCGCCUGCAGGUCGGCGAGUACAACCGCUCCAACCCUGCCCGCACCAAGGCCAUCGCCAUCGGUGUGCCUUGCGUUAUCGUUCUGUUCAUCCUGUACAGCGGUAGCUCCCCCGCCGCUCCCGCCCAGGUCACCAACUAA